AUAUAUAUAUACAUAGAGAGAGAGAGAGAGAGGGGUAUCUGACAAUGUCCUCAUUUCCGCGGGCGUCUCCGUCUCGGAAAUCAUUACCAGUUUCCAUCACCAAUUCACCACCAUCACUUGACACCAUCAGCAGUUCACGAACUCGGGCGGUGACAAUCACUACCUCGCCAACACCACUUCACCACAACGACCGGCUGGUGUCUACUACUCCACCUCUAUCCACCACUCCCACACCUCCAAACGACCCCACUCCCACACCUCGUAACGAUCCUAUAUCCAUCACUCCCACACUUCCUAACGACAGGCUGCUGUUGAGCCCAACAUCUCCGGCGCCCGCUUAUUCUUCUUCUCCAUCACCACCUCCUGUUGCUCCGGUCCCGCCGGCGCCGUCUACUACUCCUCCAAACUCCUCUCCUUCGUCGCCAACUUCUUCUUCACCUCCUUCGCCGUGGGGUUUCUCGCCGCCACCUCCGGGGACCACAACGUCAUCGCCGCCUCCGUCGUCGAGUAAAUCAACAGGGCUUGUUGUUGGGAUUGUGAUUGGUGGUGUAGUGAUUCUUGUAAUUUUGAGCAUUUUGUUCUUAUGGUGCAAGAAGAAGAAGAGAAGAGACCAUGAUGACUAUGUCCCACCACCACACGGGCCUAAAGGUUUUGCGACGAGCACAUUCUCGUAUGAUGAAUUGGCAAUGGCAACGGAUGCAUUUUCAGAAGCCAACCUCCUUGGACAAGGUGGUUUUGGGUAUGUGUACAAGGGAGUCCUUCCAAAUGGAAAAGAAGUCGCCGUUAAGCAGCUGAAAGCUGGAAGUGGUCAGGGAGAGCGUGAAUUUCAAGCUGAGGUUGAGAUCAUUAGCAGAGUGCAUCACAAACAUCUUGUUUCAUUAGUUGGAUAUUGUAUCACCGGGUCCCAAAGAAUGCUAGUUUACGAGUAUGUUCCAAACAACACCAUGGAGUUUCACUUACAUGGAAAGGGAAGACCUACCAUGGAUUGGUCCACAAGAUUGAGAAUUGCUCUAGGGUCUGCUAAAGGACUGGCCUAUCUGCACGAGGACUGCCAUCCUAAGAUCAUACAUCGUGACAUUAAGGCAGCUAACAUACUUCUGGAUUUUCACUUUGAGGCAAUGGUCGCAGAUUUUGGACUUGCAAAGCUUUGUUCUGAUGUCGACACUCACAUAUCCACUAGGGUGAUGGGAACUUUUGGAUACCUGGCUCCGGAAUAUGCUUCUUCUGGGAAACUUACACACAAGUCUGAUGUUUUCUCAUUCGGAGUUGUGCUUCUAGAGUUAAUUACUGGACGCCGACCUGUUAACUCAUCUCAAUCUUACGCAGAUGAUAGCUUCGUAGACUGGUUGCAAAGGGAUUACAGACCCAACGAGAUGGCUUGUAUGGUUGCUUGUGCUGCUGCUUGUGUGCGUCAUUCAGCACGGUGUCGACCACAAAUGAGCCAAGUAGUGCAGGCCUUCGAAGGAGACGUAUCUUUGUCUGAUCUUAACGAAGGAAUCAAACCCGGACACAACACAGUCUACAGUUCUCGUGGCAUCUCAGACUAUGACACUAGCCAAUACAAUGAGGACAUGAAAAAAUUUAGGAAGAUGGUUUUGGGAACCAGAGAGGAUGGAAGCAACGAGAACAGUGCACUAACUAACGAAUAUGGAUUGUAUCCAUCUAGUUCGAGCAGCGGAGGCCAACAAACCACUCGAGAAAUGGAGAUGGGAAAGAUGUGUGGGAGAUAA